GGCCGCGGGGCUCCGCGCCCAGGUCUUCCUCUGCAACCGGCCGCUCUGGCUCAAGUUCCACCGGCACCAGACCGAGAUGAUUAUCACCAAGCAGGGCAGGCGCAUGUUUCCCUUCCUGAGCUUCAACAUCACGGGCCUGAACCCCACUGCCCAUUACAACGUGUUCGUGGAGGUGGUGCUGGCCGACCCCAACCACUGGCGCUUCCAGGGGGGCAAGUGGGUGACGUGCGGCAAGGCGGACAACAACAUGCAAGGUAACAAGGUGUAUGUUCACCCUGAAUCCCCCAACACUGGAGCUCACUGGAUGAGGCAGGAGAUCUCCUUCGGGAAACUGAAGCUGACCAAUAAUAAAGGUGCCAACAACAACAAUGCCCAGAUGAUAGUGCUGCAGUCUCUGCACAAAUACCAGCCGAGACUUCAUAUUGUAGAAGUGACUGAAGAUGGAGUCGAAGAUCUCAAUGACUCUUCAAAAACUCAGACAUUUAUUUUCCCGGAAACACAGUUCAUAGCGGUUACUGCAUAUCAGAAUACUGAUAUCACCCAGCUUAAGAUUGACCAUAACCCUUUUGCAAAAGGCUUCAGGGACAACUAUGAUUCCAUGUACACAGCUUCAGAAAAUGACAGGUUAACUCCAUCUCCCACGGAUUCUCCUAGAUCCCACCAGAUUGUCCCAGGAGCCCGGUACAGUGUGCAGCCAUUCUUCCAGGAACAGUUUGUCAACAACCUACCACCAGCCAGAUUUUACAAUGGUGAGAGAACAGUACCUCAGACAAAUGGCUUGCUCUCGCCCCAGCAAAAUGAAGAAGUGGCCAAUCCCCCCCAGAGGUGGUUUGUUACUCCUGUGCAGCAGCCUGGUGCCAACAAACUGGACAUGAACUCUUACGAAACAGAGUAUUCGCCAAGCACCUUGCUCCCGUAUGGCAUUAAAUCGCUUCCCCUUCAGACAUCCCAUGCAUUGGGAUACUAUCCUGAUCCAACGUUUUCAUCUAUGGCAGGGUGGGGAAGCAGAGCCUCCUAUCAGAGAAAAGUGACGUGGACUUCCCGAACAAGUCCUUCAGGCUUCUCUGAAGAUCAGCUUUCCAAAGAGAAAGUUAAAGAAGAAAUUGGCUCAUCCUGGAUAGAGACCCCACCUUCCAUAAAGUCUCUAGAUUCAAAUGAUUCAGGGGUCUACACGGGUGCUUGUAAGAGAAGACGACCCUCCCCUAGCACUUCUAGCAAUGAAAACUCUCCUACAAUGAAAUGUGAGGACAUUAAUGCUGAGGACUAUGGCAAAGACACUUCAAAAGGCAUGGGCUACUAUGCUUUCUAUACUAGUUCUUAAACUGUUUUUAUCCUGUCCAGCCAAAUUUUCAGGGUGGCCUUGGUUUUUUUGCAUUAAAAUUGCCAAAAAGACUCUUGCCUUCCACCUUGAAUUGUUUUGUGCAAUUCUAUAGAAGGUGCCAAAGCUUUUUGACUGCUGCAGGGAGGGAAGGAUAACAUAACUUGACUAAUAAUUUUAGGAUGAAGUGCAAGGGGCUGUUGUAAGGAUCCUGGCUUUUUACAAUGUGGCUUAUUUAUUGGAGACACUAAAGUGUAUAGUUUGGCUGGCCCGGCAGCCAAUGGGUAAGUGCUGUGCACUACCAAAUGGGAGAUGGGGGUGUGGAUCCUAAACUUUUUUUUCUAGGUCUCUUGAGCAAGAAGGGGCUCCGAGUUGCUGCAUGGGUGCUACUUCUCUGCUUGUAGCAGAGCAGGCCCCAUUCCAAUGGUACCUGCACACUUGGUCAGAAACAUCUAACAGUUGGAGUGGCUUGGGCAGACAGCAGCUGAGCCAUGGAAGGAAUAAAACCCUUCGGGGAAGGGGUUGAUGUGAAUGCCCUAUUGCCCAGGCCCUGGUUCUGAUGACCAAAUCUACCUUUUUCCUUGUCUAGGAUAGGAUGAACAGACUAAAAAUUCUGGAUGUGGAAGCUAUGAGGAUCUUCAUAGAGGUGGCCAAAAAAUUGUACAGCUGUGGUUUUUCUGUUGUUGUUGUUUUUGUUUUUUGUUUUCUUUUGCCUAAGUACACUGUAGAAUACUAUGGAAUAUUGUAUAAAUAGUCUACAUAUAGAAGUCUGGUAGGCUCAGCAGAAG